AUGCUGCCGUUCGUAUAUAUAACCAGUUUCACACAUAUCCUAUCAAUUUACAUUCUCUUUCCAUUUGCAAAAAACGGGGCAAAUCAUUUGAGAUAUCAUCAUGGUAACAGAACAACGUGGAAACCUGUAAGUUUUUCAAAAAAUUAUUGUUUGCCUUGAAAUUGAAAAUAUUUGAAAAUUAUAGGUUGAUAUCGAAAAUCCAAUUCAUAUGGUUGUUCCAUUGCCAAUCACUGAUGAUGAAGGAGGAGGAAGGAAUCCAUUUCGAAUGUCUAUUGGAAAAGUUGGUUUUUUUUUUUUGAUUUCUCAAUAAAAAACGUUUUUUUAGGCUCAACCAAUUAUUGAUUAUGCUUUAGAAAAAGUUUACGAAUUAGGAUUAUUGCCAAAUAGAUCGAUUGUAACAACUUAUUUGGAUACUAAUUUAUCAGAUGCCACUGGUCCUAAUAUGGUUAUUCAACAAUUGCUAAAGGUAGUUUUUUUUCAGAAAAAAAGACCCGAACACGUGUGUGGUUUACUACUACAAACCGCUAGAUCUCAAAGUUUUCAAAAAUAUUUUUCUCCAAAUCUCGCCCUUUUGUGUUGAGUUUCGUCGUUUUUAGUCCCACCCUAAGAUUGUGUCAGGUCUUAAAAAAUGCGAUAAAAUUUUCGGGUGAUAAAUUACACGCUGUGCGGAAAUGAUUCCGAAACAAGAGAGCUGAACAGCUCCGUGAAAAAUAAUGCAAUAAUUCAAAUUGAUUAAAAAAUACAUUUUUUCAUGUACUGAAAACGGUACGAGGGUGAAAUUUUGAAAACGUGACCUUGUUUCCGUUUUCAACGUGAUUUUUAUUCCAUUUAUUUUUAACAAAUCUGGUUGUAAAAUUUUUCUGGAAAUUUCAACAUUAUUUUCCGAAAAUGCUUUUUUUAAAGUUAUUUUAUUUUUAGUGCUGAAAGUGUUCCAUCAAAGUAAGUAUGUUUUGUUAUUUCAUUCAAAAGAUGGAAAAAGUUCAAGUGGAAAGUUUGUUCCACUUGAAUUUUUCACACGUAUUCAGUUCCUGAUGAAAUGUAAAAUACUAUAGCUAAAAUAUGUGUUUUCAAAACUUGGUUGCUCCUAAAAACAAUCGAAUCUCGCUCCCCUGGUAAAAAUAAAUAGUUCAAAUUUUAUCUGUGAAAUAUUCAGUUUCUUUUAAAAAUUGGUUAUGAUUGACAGUUUGAUAAAAAUAUUAUUCCGAUUCCUUGUGAAAAAACAAUAUUGAAAAAUAAGAAAAAAAAACUUGACUCUAAUGUUUUCAGGAUGAACUUGAUGUUGUUGUUGGUUUUUCAUAUAGUUAUGCAUUGGCUCCAAUUGCCCGAAUGGCUAAUUUAUGGAAAGAUGGUAUUCCAGUAAUUACUCCGAUUGGAUUAACAACAAGUUUGGAUGAUAAAACGGAAUAUGAAUUGAUGACUCGAAUUAACACACCAUAUAAAGUUAGAAAAUAUUUUAUCACAAAGAUAUUCUACGUGAAAAUUAAUUCAAUUUUUGCAGGUAAUAUCAAAAGCAAUCGAUAAAUGGUUUGAUGAAUAUAAAUGGAAUAAUCAUGUAUUCUUUUUCAAUCAUGUUCGAACUGCACUUGUUCCAAGUACCGAAACAUUUUUGCUUAUGUCAAGUUUGCUGCAUAAAUUAAGAUCGGUAAGAUCCCUAAUUUCAGGACGCAGCUGAAAAAAAAAACUAAAACGUCACUUUGCUCUUGAAUGUCACAUUUUUUGCGGAAUUAAUUUUCGCGCGCUCAUGACCCAUCUUCUUUUACUAAUUUGUUUUAUCUGCAAAUGUUUUUUGCGUAAAAUAUUGUUUUUUUUCGAGGAAAGAUAGCAUAAGAUUAGAACAGUGAAAAUAGCACUUUUCAUUCAAUCAAUGUUUUAUUUCUCGAAAAAUAUAAAUAUAUUUUUUUCUGGAAUAAACAUCUUUCUUGAAAACAUUCCGAAAACCAAACAAUUUAUUUAUUUUUAUUAUUUUUUGAGCCAGAUUUUGUUCAGUUUAUCUCAUAUAUAUAUAUAAAAAGAAAUUUGGAAAAUCUGCACAAAAACAGCACAUAAAAUGAUCCAACCAAACACAUUCCUCUUCCUUCUUCUUUUUUUCCCUAAAUUGAAUGUGUUUUUUAUCUAGUAUUAUGGUCCCUUUUUUGAGAACAUAAUAAAAUGAAGAGAAAUAUUAGAAAUUGGUGAAAUAUUUCACCUGUUCAACUGAUUUUCAUGUGAAAUAACAGAAAAACAAUGUCAUCUUCAGAAAUUUGAAGCAGGAAAUCCGGCUGUUUUGAAGAAAAGAAGAAGAAAGAGCAUAAAAAUGAUGUAAAUAAAUAGGGCAAGAACUUUGAAUAUAUACAAAAUUAAUAAGAAAAUGAAAUGACAAGGAAAACCAUGAUUAUGUUUUUUUCAGAGAAAACACGUUGAUCACAAUUUCUUCACAUUCAAUGAAGGGACAAAUGUUGAUAUUUUGUAUGAUCAAUUUAAGAAUGGAUUGAUGUCAUACAGUUUUUUAUCAAAUGGUGAGUCCUUUUUCAUAUUUUUUGUCCUGCGCUUUAUAUUUUUGUUUGGUUCAAUGUUGCAUUUGCGGAACAUAUUUCUCGUGGGAAUUAAUGCACUUUUUCGUUCGCAUUUUUUAGUAGAAAAGGUGGGAAAAUCUGACAGAGAUUAGGAUUUGGAAGGUUUCUAGUUUUUGUUCUCAAAUUUCAAAUUAGAUAUCAUUUUGAUUGAGAACAAUUGAAAACAUUUAUUUAACAUACAAUGUUUUUUGUUGCAAAAUUGCAAAAACAUGGUUGAUUGAUUAUAAUGCACUUUGAAAACGAAAUAAAUGGUGGCUACUUAUGGGAAAAAUAUGAAUGAUGUUUGGAGUUAUAAACGCGGAAAAAACUGAAAAAAGUUCGAAGAUUUUACAUUGAAAACGAAAAAUAAGCUUGGGUUCAAAAUGCUCGUCGAUUUUUCAUCAUGCUUUAUUUAUUUCCAACCAACUCUCUUGAGAUUUCUUGAUUUGCUUUCUUGUUUCUUUGGUUUUCCGAAAUUCACAAUGUUCCAAUCUUGAGUUAAUUAUUUCCGAAGUAUUUUAUAAUUUUGGUAAUCAAAGUACUUUAUUUUCAACGAAUUUUGAAUUAUUAACAAUUUUGGAGAAUAACGGAAAAGAAUAGUGCAAAACGAGCAAAUUAUAACUAACCCAAUUUCUUUUUUUUUCUGCCGUCGUUCGUUUCAGAAGCUCGAAAAGGCUUUGCUCCCUAAGGAGGAGACUUUAGUUACCAAUUUGCAUAUAUUAUUAUCGUAAUCGGUUUGUCAGGGCGGUCGACUUCAAAAAACGAUGAACAAAUUCUUUGUUUAGUUUAUUUCUGGAUGGAUUAAUUCUUUGUAGUGUCAUGACAAAAGCGUGAGAGCAUAUAUUUUUGCACUUUUUUUGUAACAUUACAUGAGAAAGAAAUAAUUCUCAAUGAAGAAAUUAGAAAUAAAUACACUUGAACAGAACACCCCUUAUUUAGAAAAAAGAAUAGGAAUAUAUUGGUUGAAACAAACUGAAAAUUGGAAAAGAGAAAAGAUAAUUAUCAUUCUCAUAUUAAAAGAAACUCAUAAUUUUCCUUCGUCACGCCAAAAGAAUAUCGAUUUUACCUACUUCUUUCAUUAUUUAUGUUGAACUUAUUAUGCAUGUAACCCAACACCUUUUUUUUUCGGAAAAUCCACAAGCAAAAGUUUUGUUUGCUACUGAAAGAUUUCUGUGUUAAACUGAUUUUCGGAAGGAAAAUAAUCCAAAAAUAAUAUGAAUAAAUAACAUAUUUUGUUGUUUUUCGACUAAAUCAAAGAUUAAUUUUAAAGGAAGAAAAGAAGAGAAGAAAUGGAUAAGUUAAUCAAGAAAUGAACCCAUAAAAUGUUAAAUGGUUGAUAACAGAAAUCGACGUCCUUUUUUCAGAUGAACAUUAUUAUGUUCAUUUCCGGUUACAGUCGAUCAAAAAUCAUUUUUUUUUGUCUACCAUUCACUUCCCCUUUCAACAAUUCCAUGUUUUGUAUAAUCUUUGUUUAUACAGUAACAGUUUGUCUGUUUUUUGUUUGAUUUGAUCGAUUUCCGAUGUUGAAAUUGAAAACAAUGUCAAUUAACCCGUGGAAAAUAAAAACGGUAUCAUUUGGGUAUGAUAGGAAACGAAUCCAGCAAGAAAGAAAGCAAGCAACACACACACACAAAAAACGGAGGCGGAGCUUAUAGUCGAGAGACAAGAAACGAGAGACGCAGAGAUAUUGUCAGCCAUAUUGUGUCUCGUUUCCAAUGAAUAUUGCCUGGAGACGCAGCUAUUGAAAGGGAAAAACGAGAGAAAAAAGUGUGUUUUCCAUUGGCACCCGUCUUCUUCUUCUCCUUCUUCUUCUUCUUCUUCUACUCCUAUACCACACACCAUUUCAUUUAUUCACUGUCUAUUAUAUUCUAAUAUUGGUAUUCUUACGGUAUUCUUCGAAUUGAUGCACAUAUGAGAUAUGCUCAAAUGGACCGUUUUCUACCUUCUUUUAUUUCUUGGCCAAAUUGGCACCGAUUCAAAUAUAUCAGACAGUUCCACUUUGAACUCAAUAAAAACAAUAUCAAAUCCUAGUUAUGUAUUCAAUCAAUAUUAUAAGCCAAUUAAUAUAUUAGUAAUUCUACCAGAAGAAGAAUCUGAAUAUGAUACAUUAAAACUAACAAUGGGAAAAGCUCAACCAGUUCUAUUGGCUGCUGCAUUAGAUGUUUCGACAAAAAGGCUAUAUUUACCUGAACAAUGGGUUAAUUUCACAUUCUGUGAUUCGCAAUUCUAUAAAAAUCAUCAGUUAGCUGAAAGAUAUGCAACAGCUGGAGUAUUCAAAGCAUUGAAAGAAAAAAGACUUGAUGCGAUUUUCGGGUUUGCUGAUAAUUAUGCAUUGGCAACAAUUGCUAAAAUAACUGCUGAAUUGAGAGAUGAUGGAGGUGGAAUUCCGAUUCUAACAACUUCUGGUAUUCCAUCAACAUUGGAUUCAAAAACUGAAUACACAUAUUUGACUCGAAUGGCUGGAACUGGUAAUAAAAUGGCAAAAGCUGUAUAUUCUUUUAUUGGUGUACCGAAAAAUGAAUCAGAGAAUGGUGUUAAACAAGAAUUACCAUUUAAUUAUACGAAUAUGUUAUUCUUUUAUCAUGAUAAACGUCGAGCUAUAAAUCGACAACAACAAAAAGACAGUGACAAUGUUGGAAUGACAUCUUCAUCUUGUUAUUUUUUACUGUAUGCUAUGAAAGAUUAUUUUUCUCAAACACAUGUCAUAUACAAACGUAAUUGGAAUAUUUCAACGCCACAAUUGCCAUUUGAUGAAAAUCAAAAUAUUACUGAUCAAAUGUUUAUGAAUUGGUUGAUUGAAAUUUCGAUGAAAACUAACGGUUAG